UGUAAUUAUUACGUAACAUCUGCGGAUCGUCUGCAGGAGACCAGUAGGUGAAGGUGGAAGUUGAAGGUGUGGGGUUAAAGUGUAGGAUAGUGUGCGCAAAUCAAAUUAUAAUGGGUGACAAUCCACCAGGAAGAAAUCCGAUGCAAAGAUUUGCUAAUGCAGUUUCAUCAGUAGUUGAAGGCCCCGUAAUAUGGUUUAGAGAAAAGGUAGUCGAACCAAAUCGACCCACUUAUUAUUGGUAUCAUCGUAAAAUGAGACGUGUCCCAACAAUAGAUGAAUGCUAUACGGACGACGCUGUGUGCUACUUAGAGGCUAAUGCACAAUUCAAGAGAGACAAAAUGGUGGAGAGUGAAAUCUUGAGCAUACUGAGACAGAGGUAUGAAGAUUGUGUGCAUUAUGAAACUCCGGAUCAUGUGCCUAAAUGUAAACUGCUUCUGGAUCAGUACAACAAGGCUGCAGAAAAUUGGUUCAUUAAAUAUGGUGACCUUGGAUUUGUUGGAGAUGUCAGGGAUGCCUUUAUGAAGCAGAAACACCGAAUGGUAUGGGAGCGCAGACAUGGACCAGUGGGUUCAGGGAUGCGAGAAACAAAUGUGCCAGCAUAAGUGACGUGUUGGUGCAGUUGUGUAGUUCUUGUUGUAAAUUAUUAAUAAUGUUGUUUUGAGUUUCCAAAAUGAUGAUAAUAAAUAUACUUGAUUUUAUAGCUAAAA